CAUGUACUUUUACCUUGUGUUUGACAGGGCUUGCAACAGUUUGAAUCUCUAAUGGCGUUAACGAAUUUGGCUCAAAUGAGCGACGAAGUCAGGCGGCAUAUUAUGAAGGAGAAAGGCUUCCCUUUGAUCGAGAGUCUAAUGUUUGAUGAACAUGACAUGGUCAAGAGAGCCGCCACUGAAUGCAUGUGUAACAUGGUGCUCUGUGAGGAGGUAUUCAAAAUGUACGAGAAAGAAGACGCCCCUACAGAACGAGUGAAGCUACUGACUCUACUGUCCGGCGAGGGGGAUUUUGAGCUGUCACGGUGAGAUAUUUCACUUCUGGGCAAUGUAUUUCAUCAAUAUUUAUUCCUCUGGGAGAAAUUAUUUGGUGGGACUCUUCUCAUAAGCUCCCGGUUAAAAGGUGUAAACUUCACAAAGGCGGAAGCAUGGUGUUAUGACCCGAUGGGUUCGCAGGAGCUGAAAACGUCACCACUUUAUUACUCUGUUUAGAACCGCAUUUCUUUGCACACGAUUUUGU